GCUAGGUGCCGAGGAUCCUCCCAAACUCCCUGGAGCCCCGGCCCCGGGCCUGAGUGACACUGCGCCGGACCACACUGGCCAAGCCCGUUUCCCACCAGAGAAGUCCCCCGGGGGGCGCUCUGCUUCUCUCCCAACAGCUGGACCCUUCCCAACCCCUGAGCCGGACCACCCUGCGGCCCACCCGGCUUCUUCUCCCCAGGCCCAGGCCAGAGUCGGGGACCCAAGGGCUUUCCCCGCGGGGCUGGGGCUCGCCCAGGGAGAACUGGAGCUGCGGGAGGUUUGCCCGAGUGGCUGAAGGUGCGAGUGGGUGCAGUGAAAACUCUGUGACUUCCCGGGAGCGGAGGCUCGCGCCGCUACCAGCCCCAGGCCGCGCACUUCCCUGCGCGCUGCCCCGGGUCUAGAAAGCCGCAAGUCGGCCUCGGACGCAUUGACCUGCAUGGUGACUUGCAGUUCUUUGCCGAGAGACAGGCGGCAUCCGGGGCCGGGAUCUGGGAGGCGAGUUUCUGGUGUGCACACUUGUUAGCAGCGCCCAUGCAAGGCCCAGAAUUGCCCGGGAUCCCCAACGCGGGUUUAGAUUUGCAAAGGGAAUGUUGCCUGUAGGGUCGGGGUGGACCCGCGCGGGGCAGAAGAAAGCAAGCGGGGUGGUGCGGGGGCGAACGCGUCUCAGACCUCAGUUCGCAGAGGAUUUGGUCUCCGUCUGAGAAAGGAGGGCGUUUCCGGACCUCGCUGCCCACCCCCAGCCUCUCCCCGGGAGGUCAGGCCGGCUGGUGAUCUAUCCCUGGGGCCGGGAUCGUUUGUGGGUCCUCCCCGACCGCCCUAGGCUUUGACAGCUGGUUACUAAUUAUCUAAGGAGCCGAGCGGUUCCCUGAGAACGCACGUCGCUCCCGGGCCACUCCGCUUUAGGACAGAGCCCGUCGUGUGGCCUCGGACACUGAAGCGCCGCGAUUUCGAGCCUGAGUCUCGGCCGCACGUCUGCAGCUGCAGUUCGGGGUGGGAUCUGACCUUGCAUUUGAAUUUGCGAUCCAAGGGUCUGGCGUUUUGCCCUCUAGCCAAAACAAUCAGGGGAACUUGUAGAUUUUUUCCCCCAAAACAUACUUUGCUAUAAUUUAUAGGUUUGAGGUUUCUCCCUUGCCGCUCUCCCGCCCGGAGGCGAUUUCUCCCCGACCGGGAGAGAACUCCUGCCAGAGAGCUCCGCGACGCGGGAAGGUGUGAGUCGCGGAGGCUAAGAGGGGUCGAGUGAGUGGCCCCUAGGAGUGGCUGGGGCGCCAAGGCGGCCGGGAGGUCGCUCCGGGCCUGGCGGACGAUAUAGGCUCCCACCGCCAGCCACUGGGGGCCACAGGGCCUAGGCCCUCCCGCCCUGCUGCCGGCGCCCGCUUUCUCGGGCGGCGCUGGAAGUACCUAGGGCGCACCUCCGCACCGGGCCCCGCGCAGGGCUGGACGCAGCUGAGACGUAACAUAAACUGCAGCACGUGGAGUUGGGGUGUUAUUAAUUUAUUUCUAUAAAUCAUCAACAGAAAGAUACACAAAGAGUCGUGAUUAAGUUGAAAAGAGAGGCGGGUUAUUCAUUGGUGAAGUUGUAAACGCGGCUUAGAGCGGGAAGGAAAUCAAAACCCGGGCGCGGGGCUGCUGGCCGCUCCCAGCUUGCACCCAGCCCGGCGCCCCGUGCAGCCCCGCUUUACUGCCGCCGCGGCGCCUGACCCGGGCUCUUUGAGAGCCUGAGCCGUCCACGGAGCCCCGGGGUCACCGACAUCCUCAGGCCGGGCCCAGGGUCCUCACACUCUAGCCCCCCUCUUCCCUCCCCAAAGCUCCGGGCUCCAGCAGGGCAAGGAGGCGGGCUGGGGAGCCGGAGACCCUCGCCGAGUUGGAGACGCGGGACCGACCCGGAGGCUUUUUUCUCCCGUCCCGAGCGGGUGCAGCCUUUCCUCCCCCGCUCCCGGGACCGCCGGACUUUAAAGUAAUUUUUUAAGAAAUCGCUAGCGGUUCUCAGGUCAAGGCCCAGUGGGCUCCCGAGCGCCGAGUACACGCACUCCCUUAUUUUGCCCACCGUGUUCCCUUAAGACGAACAGCAAAGAGAAAGCGAAGUCGCGUUUUGGAGUUCCCGGAGUUCUCGUAAACCUCCUGGAAGAGAAAGGCGGGGAAGGACGGUCGGGGCUGCGCGCUUCCCGGUCCUGGGCUCCGGGCGGGAUCUGGCUUUGCUCGCGGCCUCGAGGCGGGCGCACCGGGGGCGUCUGGAAAGUGGGCUGCGUUCUGAGAAGCCGAAGUUGGGGCUCCUUAACGAACGCGCCGCGGACUGCACAGGGGUCCAGCCUUCUCUGCUCCAGGGAAGCAAGGUCAUUGUUUGAGAAGGAGCGAGCUGCACGGACCCUUCGGGCGCCGCGGCCGGCGUUUGACACCUGCGCUCGGGACACAAUGGCCGCUGGAGCUCCUCGGAACCCGUGCCUUUCUCCCUGUUAGGAACUCCUGAGCCUGAGCUGUGUUUUCAAGCAAAAAAUAACCAGCUCUCCCGACUCUUCCCAGUGAACACAGGUGAAUUCUGGGGUCUGAGAGCUGUAAAGUGAGGACCCUUGGAGGGCUGCUAAAAUGAUCAAGGGCUACAUGCAGCAACACAACAUCCCCCAGAGGGAGGUGGUCGAUGUCACCGGCCUGAACCAGUCACACCUCUCCCAGCAUCUCAACAAGGGCACCCCUAUGAAGACCCAGAAGCGUGCCGCCCUGUACACUUGGUACGUCAGGAAGCAACGAGAGAUUCUCCGACAAUUCAACCAGACAGUCCAGAGUUCUGGAAAUAUGACAGACAAAAGCAGUCAGGAUCAGCUGCUGUUUCUCUUUCCAGAGUUCAGUCAACAGAGCCAGGGGCCUGGGCAGUCCGAUGAUGCCUGCUCUGAGCCCACCAGCAAGAAGAUGCGCCGCAACCGGUUCAAAUGGGGGCCCGCGUCCCAGCAAAUCUUGUACCAGGCCUACGAUCGGCAAAAGAACCCCAGCAAGGAAGAGAGAGAGGCCUUAGUGGAGGAAUGCAACAGGGCAGAAUGUUUGCAGCGAGGGGUGUCCCCCUCCAAAGCCCACGGCCUGGGCUCCAACUUGGUCACAGAGGUCCGUGUCUACAACUGGUUUGCAAACCGCAGGAAGGAGGAGGCGUUCCGGCAGAAGCUGGCCAUGGACGCCUAUAGCUCCAACCAGACGCACAGCCUGAACCCUCUGCUCUCCCACGGCUCCCCCCACCACCAGCCUAGCACCUCUCCUCCGAACAAGCUGUCAGGAGUGCGCUACAGCCAGCAGGGAAACAAUGAGGUCACUUCCUCCUCAACAAUCAGUCACCAUGGCAACAGCGCCAUGGUGACCAGCCAGUCGGUUUUACAGCAAGUCUCCCCAGCCAGCCUGGACCCGGGCCACAAUCUCCUCUCACCUGAUGGUAAAAUGAUCUCAGUCUCUGGAGGAGGUUUGCCCCCGGUCAGCACCUUGACGAAUAUCCACAGCCUCUCCCACCAUAAUCCCCAGCAAUCUCAAAACCUCAUCAUGACACCCCUCUCUGGAGUCAUGGCAAUUGCACAAAGCCUCAACACCUCCCAAGCACAGAGUGUCCCUGUCAUCAACAGUGUGGCCGGCAGCCUGGCAGCCCUGCAGCCCGUCCAGUUCUCCCAGCAGCUGCACAGUCCUCACCAGCAGCCCCUCAUGCAGCAGAGCCCAGGCAGCCACAUGGCCCAGCAGCCCUUCAUGGCUGCUGUGACUCAGCUGCAGAACUCACACAUGUACGCACACAAGCAGGAACCCCCCCAGUAUUCCCACACCUCCCGGUUUCCAUCUGCAAUGGUGGUCACAGAUACCAGCAGCAUCAGCACACUCACCAACAUGUCUUCAAGUAAACAGUGUCCUCUGCAAGCCUGGUGAUGCCCACACAUCACUCACUCUGUGCACAGCAACAAGGACCCUGUUUUCCCCACCAUCACCCUCUGGGCAGCUGCCAUGGAAAAGCCCAGUGACCUGACAAGCACCUGCGAGAGGUCCCUGCUUACCUGACGGGCAUCCUGCUGACACCUCAGACAAUCCACUCUCAGGAGGCGCAGCCCGGAGCCCAGCUUCCCUUCUAUGCAGUAUUGCCACGAUGCCUCUCCUACGAUGUCAAGGACUCCUGUCUGUCCUGGAGGUGGGAGACAAGGAACCGCCGAAGAGGAAGCAAGAAAGCCGUUGUUUCUACGUUGUGAUCCUUCAUCGAACAAACUGAUGCAAAAACUUGAAUCUGUUACUGAAACAAGGAGAGGAGGACGCGUGCUAUUGAACUGAGCCAAACACACUGUAAAUAUCCGCAGACUCCCUCCCCCACCCCAUCCCAAAUGAUCUUGAGAUUUCUUUUAAAGAAGUAAAUUUGUCCAAUGGCUGUAAACUAUAAACUACUGUAAUUAAGUGCAAUUUCCCCUCCGUGUCCUCUCCUCUCUGCCCUGUAUAUAAUACUAAAGUGUCUAUUAGUUUUCUUUGUAAAGGUCAGAGUCAAAAUUUCAGAAGUGAUCUGUCCCCUCUCUUCCCUCAUGGAGAAACACCCUGAGUGGGAAGUGAAGCCCCUUGUCCCCUCCCUCAGGCCUGGACACAGGGAUGAAAUACCGUGGACUGACUACCAGCUAACUUCAGUCUCCUAGCAGUAAGACACACCUCUGGAUCCCUGGAGGGGCUCAACGUAGUGUGUCAGAGUAACAUGCUAAUUUUCUGUGGGGUGGGAGUUCAGCCGUGCACUCCCUAAGAAACCCCAGGGCAGGGAAACUGACUAUUUCAUAGUAAAAGAAAAAGUUGCAGUCUCAGAAAGCCUUCCAUUAAAAUGAUUUAUUUUAUCAUUGCCCAGAGUCUCAUAUUUCUGUCUUUGAUAAUUUUCCUGCCAUGGUUCCACCAGGAACCCGUGGUCCCUGGUCUCUUUGGAAUUUUCUGUGUACUCCACUGGGAUCACUAAGUGUGUCAUCUAGGGGUGUAGAGAGGCAGGUGGCCUCUUGCUGUCAUGUUCCCAGUGUCUUUGUGUAGGCUUUACUGCUAAUUCAGGUAAAGGAGAGUUGAUUCCCCCAGUAAAACUCCCCAAGUCACUCAGAAGGAAUCUGGCCAGAGCAGAAGCCAGCACCCUUUUCUUCCCUGCAGCUCACAGGGGUAAAAUCGUAGAGUCAGUUCUUGGUGGGUGACCUGUGUGAUAGAAACAGACAAAAAGUAGGAAGAAUGACAACCCAGUGGGUAAAUUUUUUAGCCUCAUUUAAAGCAUUAACUCCAGACUUUCUUCCUGCCCUCCUUUUCCUUCCCUAGGGCUUUCAGUCACUAAGAGAAUGGGCUCUUGUGGAUGUCACCUCUUGCCCAAGAUUCUGUCUCUGGUAGGGAUCCUAAGGAAUACAAAUAGUCCAAACAGUAAAAAGCCAAAGGCCCAGAGACUCCACCAGGAGGGACUUUGCCACAAAUAAUUCAGUGCUGACUCCAGGAGAAAGGAAGAUGGACCUGUCUUCUUUGCUCUUUCCUCUUUUGCCAAACACUGUAAGGCCUAAUGGCCUGUGGUUUUUCACUUUUAGGCACAGCAUGUCCCAAUGAAAGUGAAAGCAAAGAUUGUGCUAACCAGACUGUGAGUGAUGGAUUUUUUCAAAAUUCCGUUGUAGCAGGAGAUUCAAUCCUCAGUGAGCUGGGCGAAUUUACUGAGUACCUACUAUGUUCCCAGAGCAGGAUUGGAUGGAUUUGGAAGUACUGACUUUAACUGGUUUCUGGCUCCCCCUAACAAUGUAAUUUGGACUGAAACAGUCAAGAGAGAAGUUCAUGACUGGGUUGAGGAGGCUGAGGACAAGAGCAAGCACUGCAUGUGGAAAGAGGCCAGGAUCCCCUUUCAUGAGUUGAGCUGUCCUGUUGGAUGGUUCCUGUGAGCUCUAGGAAGAGGAAAGGAACAUAAGCCUCAAGCUCCAGCCCCAGCUGAAGUCCUAUAUCUGGAUUUGUGUUGUUUCUGGAACAGCAAGCAUCUGCUUUUGGUAGAUUUUAAAUCUUGCAUUGUUGUAACAACCCUGAAAGGCCAGAAGGUCAUAUUUACCUAACAAGUCAUCUGGGCAGAGGUGUAGAUGGAAGGCAGGGAGGAUGGGUGGGGUUGGGGCCAAUCUCUAGAGACUUUUUCUAGCCAAAUCCUAUUUGAACCAAGAUAGAUAUGCAGACAAUUGACCCUGGCAACUGAGAGCCCCGAGGAUGGUUAGCUCCACCUUUCCAAAUCAAACAAGGACCUCGCUCCACUGGCUAUACAAGGGCCAAGGGGAAUCACAUAUUCUGAAGAGUCAUUGGCAAGCUUCAACCCCCAUAUCUUCCUCCCAGCACCUGAUGGAACAACAAUCUCCAGGGUAUCUCUUCAUACCCUGAGACCAGGCUCAUAGACAGAUGGUUCCAUUUUUAUCACAGCCGGCUGUCACUUUCUAGGGUUAGCCUGGGGAAAGGCAAAUUUCAGUUUAGCAUCCAUGGAUAGGAAAUAAAAUCAGCACUGAACACCUGCCUGAACCUGUAUUAAACUUUUCCAUGCUGAACAGUUAUGGGAUAGUCCCCCAACAGCAGCGAUAAUGCAGUGUUAGCUGCUGAAUGCAGGUAGAUAAGAAAGAAUACAAUGCAGACAGUCAGGAACCUGAGCUCUUGACCCACAGUUGGGGGCAAGUCUUUGAAUUAUCUUUGAAGCCAGAAUUCCUUGAUUAGAAUCUCCAACUCCACCAUUUACCUCUCUGGUCCUCAGUGUCCUGCUAUGUGAAACUGGGAUGAUAAUGGUAGUACCUACUUUAUGAGGUUGUUUGAGAAGUAACAGGGUUAAUAUAUGUUAAACACUUAGAACUGGAUAUACAAUGGGUAUUGUGUGUUAGUAUCAUCUCAUCCCAGAGUGCCUUCUCCUGUAGUCUUGUGUCGUCGUCUUCGUCUUCGGGGCUUGGUUGAUAUUUCCAAAUAAUUUCAUCACCAACUUGAUGUUUGGUUAAAAAAAAAA